GUCCUCUUCAUCACAGCACAAGCCACUCGAGUCAGACACAUCUGACGUAGACACCAUGAGCCAUUUCUCGCAUGUUGUGAUUGAUAACCGCGCGAUCAGCGGUAUCACUGGGUCUAUAUCGAUUUCGUUCUGGCUGAUUGUGUUCAUGCCGCAAAUCUAUGAAAACUGGAUGCGCCAAAGUUCGGAAGGCCUAUCGUUGUUAUUCGUUGUGCUGUGGUUGGCUGGUGAUGUCUUCAACGUGCUGGGGGCAGUGCUACAGCACGUCUUGCCAACGAUGAUCAUAUUGGCUGUAUACUACACCGUGGCUGACCUGAUCCUGCUUUUCCAGAUAUACCUCUACGGCGACGGCUCGAACGUUGAUCCGGUGCACCUAUCGCCUGCUAAUCCUCUCACGGAGAACAUGUACGACGAGAUUAGAGAAGACGUGUUUGGAGACGAGGAUUCGUGCUCCUCCACGGAUGCAGAGCGCCAAAGAGGCAGACAUCCACAGGAAUCGAAACGCUCGUUGAUGGUACAGGGCUCUUUGAUUGCGCUUGUGAUACUGUCCGGUGUGUUGGGUUGGUACUUCACUUAUAAGCCGGAUGAUGACCUUAAGGAGCCGGACUUGACAUUUGACCCAAUGGCCCAGUUCUUUGGUUGGCUCUCUGCUGCGUUGUACCUGGGCUCACGCUUACCGCAGAUCCUGUUGAACUACAAGAGAAAAUCGUGUGAAGGCAUUUCAUUUUUGUUCUUCUUAUGCGCAUGCCUGGGUAACUUGACAUAUGUCAUCUCCAUCCUCUCCAUUAGCAUUGAUCCAUACUACUUACUGGUGCAAUCAAGUUGGCUAACCGGAUCGAUCGGUACGCUCUCGAUGGAUUUUGUCAUCUUUGUCCAGUUCUUUUUAUACCAUAAGGAUGAUGAUGACGAUUCCGUCGAUGAGAUCACUGCAUAGAUUUCUCAUAAACACCACACUCUCCACAACAUUUAUUCACAUUUAGAUAGAUUUGAUGUUUAGUUUAAUGAUAGGUUUUUACCCUCUUUUUGGGAUGGUCCCAAAAAGCUGCAGCC